CCCCAUGAAAGAGUCGAACGCUGACUCAAACCUCUGACCUUAAAGGAUUUCAAUCCUAAGGGCUGGGCUGUCGCCUGCUCAUGCUUUGGCAUUCUAUGGGCCAUGGAUUCAGGUGAGCCUGAAGCUGAAGUUUGGGAUCUCCUGGCUGGAUCUGCUGUGGAAGCUGAGGUCAAGGCGCCUGCGAGGAUAGCAGCUACUCCUGCUCCUGCAGCUGCACCUGUUCCUUCUGUGGCACCUGUCGAUGUGCCACGAGAAAGCAGCAAGCCUCGACCUGAACAGACUGCUCCACGCUUUCGAUCUCGAGCCAGCGCGAGUCGGCUCGUUCCGGAGGAGAUCUCCCAAAAUCAGGAGCUGAAUGCUGCCAUCGCCGCGUGUCUUCCCAGGACGCACGACUUUGAGGUUCAUCGUUGCAUUUGGAAGCUGCGCCGGGCUGCUGCACGACAUGUUGGCUUGCAGCUGCCUGAAGGUUUGCAAGGAUGGGCCACUGCUUUGGCAGACCUUUUCAGUACCUUUGUACCAAGUGUGGAGAGCACGACGAUCUUUGGAGAAGCCAACUUCGGCGCCUGUUGCAUUGACGAUCUGGGUGCAACAGCUCUUGGGGUGGACUUUUUGAUCCACUAUGGUCAUUCUUGCUUGGUGCCAACAGACCAGACGACAGUCACCACACUCUAUGUCCAUGUAGAGGUUGAAGUGGACGUGGCACAUUUGGUGGACACUGUUCGACAUAACUUUAUGCCUGACAAGCGUCUAGCCUUCAUGAGCAGCGUGCAGUUCUCUUCUGGCAUGCUUCAGGCAGUCGAGGAACUGCGACAAGAGGCAGAUGAUAAAGCACGAGCUGCAGUGCCACAGGUGAAGCCCCUGGGUGUGGGCGAAACCUUGGGCUGUACCUCCCCAAAGGUGGGUGAUGUGGAUGCAGUGAUUUUCGUGUGUGAUGGACGCUUUCACUUGGAAAGCGCUAUGAUACAAAAUCCGCACGUGCGGGGUAGCUUUUUCCGCUAUGACCCAGCCUGCUUCACCUUGACGCGCGAAGGCUUCGCUCAUGAUGAGCUGCAUGCAGAACGACGGGCAGCCAUUGCAAAAGCAAAAGAUGCCCGGUUGGUUGGGCUGAUCCUUGGGACUUUAGGACGGCAGGGCAGUGUUGGAGUCCUCGAGGAAAUCGAGCAACUCUUGCAGAAACGAGGUGUGGCCCACUUCAUCAUCCUCCUGUCGGAGAUUUCGCCAGAGCGACUGGCACUCAUGUCUAAAGUAGAUGCCUGGGUCCAAGUGGCUUGUCCUCGCCUCUCGAUGGACUGGGGAAGCAGCGCUUAUUCGAAGCCCAUGCUGACAUCUUAUGAAGCUCAUGUUGCCUUUGGUGAUGUGGAAUACAAAGAUGUCUAUCCGAUGGACUACUACUCGAACAAGGGUGGCCAGUGGGCCAACUAUGGUACCCAUGGUGGACAUGGAGGAAGCCUGGCACCGAAGUUCCGGCAUCUUGGCAAAGGUCGACGCCACCAAGAGGUUGAGUACGACUAGUCCGCUGAAACACGGGUGGCUGCCCUGCGU